ACAGACAGUGAGAAAAUGAAAGUAAAACAUUUGACUUUGACUUUGUUUCACAGCGGUUAUAUUCAGCAUAAUAAACUCCUCUUUAGACCACAGUAGAAGAAACAUCGCACAUAACAGUAAUGAGCUGUAGAGGAAAAAAUCGGUGAAUUUCGAGCUAAAAGUCGCCGUGAUCCGGUCAGUCCUCCAUACCGACUCUACAGACUCACUUCCACCGGGAAAGCAGCCUCCGUCUCGGGCAGAAAGUGCCGAGUGUGACAUGGUUUAGAUACUUGAACUAAAUGACUUUAUAACUUGUUGUAUGUAGUGUCUUUGGAAACUUUCCGAGGGAAAUAAUCGAUGAAUUUAUACGUGAAAAAGUCCCCCCGGCAUGGUCCUCCGUACCGACACUACGGCGCACUCUGUCCCGGAAAACAGCCUCCACCUCCCGCAGUGAGAGCCGAGUAGGGACGGUAACUUUUACAAUGUCUGUUUCACUUUCCACGAUGCACUGUGGGUCAGGAUCUCUGUCACAACAUAAUCGUACAACAUCCAUGACAUUAAAGAGACAGGGACGAUUAAUUUGUUUUAAUUUGUUUUGUUUGAGACAGACAGAGAAAAAGGAGGUAAACCAUGACUUUGUUUGUUUCACAGCGAUUAUAUUCAGCAUAAUAAACUCAAGACAACAGUGGAAAAACAUCGCACACAACACUAAUGAGGUAGUAAGUCGUGUCUCUGACAACUGAAAAAAAAAGAAAAAUCGGUAAAUUUCGAUCUAAAAGUCGCCACGACCAGGUCAGCCCUGCUACACUUCCACCGGGAAAGCAGCCUCCGUCGCGGGCAGUAAGAGCCGAGUAGGUCCCAGUCCUCCACACCGAAACUACAGUGCAAUCUGUUCCGGAAAACAGCCUCCACCUGCCGCAGUGAGAGCCGAAAAGAAAAGUAUCCCCACAGAGAGAGAGAGAUGGAGAACCAGGAACAGAAGCUUUCCAACCCGAAGAUUUACCAACCCGAAGAUCUCCAACCCGAAGAUUUACCAACCCGAAGAUCUCAAACCCGAAGAUUCAGAGCAUAAAAGCUGCCAGCCAGACGGAGAGAGGGACAACCAGAAGUCGGAAAAGCAGCAGCGAACCAGCCCAACAGAGAAGAAAGAGGGAGGAGAGACAAAAUACAGUAUAGGAGGAGUUUUGUGUGUUCACAAGUUGUGAGUGUUUGCCGGUUUCUGAGCGUGAGCUGAGCUACUAUUGGCUGUCUGAAUCCCACGAAGUAGUUCUUUACAGAGAUAGAGAGAAGUGAGAGUAACUUGACUUCAGGAUGAAGAGACUUGUGAUGUUUCUGAUCAUCUUGUCUGCAGAAAUGAUCCUGGGAGAGAGUCGUCCCAGUUCACCAACUCAACUAAUCGAGGCAGAAGUUUAUGAUAAUGUGACUCUUCAGUGUGAUCUGGAUUCCCGGGUCAACAUGGAAAAUUAUACAAUUGUUUGUGAAAGAGUUGAUCUUAAGAAGAAGGUCCACGCCUAUCGAGGUAAACAGGACCUUCCUCAUGAUCAGAUGGAUCAAUACAGAGGCAGGACGACUCUGAACCCUAAAGACCUGAGCCGAGGAGUCCUGACACUGCUGAUCUCCUCAGUACAGACGUCUGACAGUGGACCAUACAGAUGCUUUGUCCCAAAACGGAAACCCAGUUGUACCUUCAACCUCACUGUUGUAAGAAGACACGAACAGAACAAGACACAGAGAGAUACACCCAGCACAACGAGAACCAAGCUGGACGUGUCUGACGGUGCACACAUGAAGGCUGUCCGUGCUGGUAUCAUUACCACUGUUGUCAUCGCUCUCUGCGUUCUGGUUGUUGUUCUGGUUGUGAAGAGUGGAACGAUCCAGGAUUGUCUGAAAAGUCUCAGAGGGAAGAAGAGAACAUCAAAUGGAUCUGAAGAGAGGGAUGAGGACCAGGAGAGGCCUCUAGAGACAGUCGAGGUGAAGUGAUGGUCUGACAACUGUUCAUCACCUCAGCCAUCAAAAAGCACACUGGCUUCACCAGCUUUACCAAUGUAUUUACUGUAGGUGUUCUAGUAUUGUCAAUAAUAUUGUGUCUUAAGCUCAUAAUGACAGUAAUUUUCCAUCACUUUAAAAACCCGGUCAGACUGCUGUAAAGCUCUCUGCUGGAUUACCCACAACCAACAACAUGAAGACUGCUGCUCAUUCAAACUGUCCCUUUGAUAUCUGUGGAUGUAUCAGGACAUUGUGGGUCAACGCUGCAGAUCAAUGAGCAGGACUGCUGUAUGAUGAUGUGGGACUUGUUUGCACUGAUUUGAUGAAUGUUUUACCCAGCAUCAUCUGUGUUUUGUUACUUCUGUACUUUUUCUGGUGUUGCUUGAAUUUCAGCUGUGUCCUCACUAUAGAACAUGUGUAUGUCUUUAAAUGUGUUUUUGU